CACGGUUAUAGGCUAUAUGAUAUCGCGCCUGUUAAGUGUGGAGGGCACACGAGCACGCGCACACGCCCCAAUACACACACACAUGCAUGCAGACAGUGAUCUUUCCAAAAAUACCAUACCUGGGGUCAGAGCGUUGGGCCGCCGUCAUUGUGAGGCUGCAGAGGGUGACGCGUUAAUCUCUCCCCUGUGGGAGAGCGGCCGUGCAGCGGGGGUGACGGUGUCUGCCGCGUCCCGCUCCUCCUGCGACCCCGGAGCUGUCCACCACCGUCUGACUCCCCAGCUCAUUGUUUGCUUGGCCCAUACAUUAGUGGCGGCGCGCGUCACCUUGAUCGACGAGCGCCUGGAAUUUAAAUAGCCCCUCAAACACCAAUCUGUCACCGGCUAAGUGGAUGAGGACAAGUACCUUACUGGCUGACCCUGGCCCACGUGACAGCACCCGUUCAUUGAUAUCACCCCAUGCGCCCUCCUUCCUUUACUGAUAAGUUCGGAGUAAAGGUACAAGUUGGCAGGAUCACUUAGGGUGAGAGUGGGGAGCGGGAAGAGACAGAGGGGAGUCUGCAGUCCCUCGGUCAGGGUACAACAAUGCUACAAUGAGCAGCUUUUUAGAUUAUUCGGUGAUGAGCGGGGAAAGCGGGUCGUGUUCGGUCAGAACUUUCCACUCGGACCACGGGAUUACAAGUUUUCAGUCCUGCGGGGCUGCUGUCAACAGCUGCGGGGCGGAUGACCACUUCAUGUCCAACAGGACGUCUCCCGACAGCAUCUCUCUCCAGCCGGGGUCGUACCAGUCUACUGCGGGCUCGUUGGGUCUGUCGUGCGCGACCCAUCCGGCCUGCAACUCCAGCUAUGGACCCCAAAGUUUCUGCGCCUCUUACAACCAUUAUACUCUCAACCAGGAAGUAGACUCAGCUGCAUUUCCUCAGUGCGGCCCUCUCAUGUAUGCAGGUAACAUAUCCUCAUCCAUGGUCCCUCAGCAUCGCCAUGGUUACAGUGCCGCCCCCCUGGGUCAAUUGCAGUAUACCCACGUUGCCUAUGGCGGCGGGCAUGAGCAGACAGUUGCGUAUCCUGUUGCUUCAAACCCCCUUUCCCCUCUGCACGCCGGACACCUGGAGGGUUGCUGCUCCCCACUGUCCGAGGGAGCAGCGGCCGCGCAAACUUUCGACUGGAUGAAAGUUAAGAGGAAUCCUCCAAAAACAGGAAGGUCUGGUGAAUAUGGAUACUCUGGUCAGCCGAACACAGUUCGGACCAACUUCACCACCAAGCAGCUGACAGAGCUGGAGAAGGAGUUCCACUUCAACAAGUACCUGACUCGGGCUCGCCGUGUUGAAAUCGCAGCUGCGCUACAGCUGAAUGAGACUCAGGUGAAAAUCUGGUUCCAGAACCGGAGAAUGAAGCAAAAGAAGCGCGAAAAGGAAGGACUGCUGCCAGCUAAAGUUCCCACUUCAGACCAGGGAGGAGAAAAAACAAACGAUGCUGCGUCUGAGAGGUCAAUCUCGGCUCCCUCCACCCCCUCUCCCUCGUCAUCCACGGCGUCUUCCACAGGAGUGGAUGCAUACACAUCCAACUGAGGACCAACUGCCCCCCCCCCCCCACUUACUCUCUGUGCCAAAGCGUUCUGUAUUUGCCAAAGUUUACUUGUACCGAACUUUUUGUUGUGUAGACAUUUAUAAAUUGGGGAUCAUGGAUAAUUAUGUUUGAUUUCUGAAGUUAAGAGCUGUUAUAUAUUGUAUUAUGUAUAAAAACAAACGCGCUGCUGUCCAAACAAGUCCCAUUGCGUUAAAUAUGGCGUAAAAGUUGCCAAACUUUGUUGAGAUGGUGCCACUUAUACCUGCCAAUUGCUGCUAAAAUCCAAAAUCUACAAAUGAAUACCUCAAAGGUGCCAUUCCGAACACACAAUCAACGAGAAGUUUUUGAAUGUUUAGUGAAUGAACUGUUAUGGCUCCCCGUUAUUUGUGUUUCAGGUGUCCGUGUGUCGACUGUUUGAAUGUACUGUGAGAUUUGCUAGCAGCCUUCACGUGUCAUGACUGCAGUGGCGCUGAGUUUUAUCAGUUGCGGAACAGGCCAUUCAAAGCUUUAGUGUUUCAGGCUUUGUAUAUAUUUACUCCUGCGAUGCACAUGCAAACU